CAUUACCUCAUCGGUCUCCCCCGCACGGGAUUUUUAUUAUGACAAAAUUCAAAGUUUAACAUGGAAUUCCUAAAACCUCAUAAGGCUUACUGGGAUUUUUCAUGUAGAGUUAUUUAUAAAAAUAGCUUGAAAAAUUCCCUAUAUAUUAGCUAGACUAGUAGGUGGUGGAUUGAACGGGCGUUUAUUUGAUUUACUGAAAUAUUACAAUAUACCUGAAUAAUAUAUAUGAAACGUUUCAACAAUUUAGCAGCAAGGACUACACACUUUGUUUCUAUAAUAUCAGUAUCAGAGAUGAUUCGAACGGCACUGUUGAUACUUGUUACAUGCACUGGAGCGGCAGUAAAUGCGACUGUUUGUGUUCAAACACAAAUAAAUUCAAAUACAAAAAUCUGCUGCGGAAGCCUUCCUCAUGCAAGGUUCAUAGGCGGACACGAGUUGGGAUGUUUUCAAGACAAAGUUUUCAACAAAACUGAAAAAGUUGCUUGUGGCGAUGGACUGGAACUCAGAACCAGUGUGGAAGAGAUAUACACGAAAGACUUCAUCUGUUGUCUUGGCCAGUUUCAUAUAAAGGAGAAUGAUGACAGAAGCUGUCGUGGUGAUAAGGAGCGGUUGUACAAACGCAGAUUGCAAGAGUGUUGCAAUGGUGUCGUGGUCGAUCGCAAGGUUGGUACGGUUCAGGUGUGCCGCGGAACAGAACUGGUGGAUAGAAAUUCGGGAAUACAUAGAUUACGUCAAUGCACAAGACCCAACGGGCAAAAUACCUUAUAUGACUCAAGCAGUUAUGUUUGCUGCACACACACCGGUCUUAUAAUAGCAAAACCGGGACCAGGGCAAUACUUCUGUCACGAUAAUGGCGUAUAUAAUUCAUAUCUAAUGCAACUGAUACGUCUAAAGAAUGGCUCUAACGUUGUUAUUCAGAAAGACAUCAAAUUAUGUGGGAGUGCUUUUAUCACAACGCGAAGUCCAUUUUAUGACAUCUACUGCUGUGACGGUGUUGUUCAUCAAUUAAAAAAGAGCAAAUGGAAUACUAUGGAAUGUUGUGGGACAAAGAUGUAUAACUACACAAGCCAAACAUGCUGCAACAACACUAUUCUUAACGGUGAUCAGGGAUGUUGUCAAGGACAUACACCUUACAUUCUGAAGGCCGAAGAAUGUUGUGAAAACAAGGUCAUCAACAGGUCCAAGGAGCUGUGUUGCAAAAACAAUAUUGUGACGAAGACGCAUCCUUCCCACUACAGAUGUUGCAACAUUAACCGUGCAUGGACAACCUACAACGAGUUUGAUCCUCUUAAAGAGUGUCUUUUGACACAUAUAAGAAAAACAUUGCGUAACAAUCCGACAAAAACAGGAAGAAGGUCGGGAGGGAAUCAAAUCGCAGAAAGUGAAACUACAGAGAGAAGCCCAUUAGAAGAAUGUCAGUUCACAGAAUGUUUUGAUAGGGAACAGAAACAACGUUCAACUUGCAAAAAGUUUUUUGAGAUGGACCUUUUUCUUGACGACGUAAAUUUUACGGAUGAUGGAUCAAAUCUUAACGUAACAAUUAUCCAGCCGGAUGAAUUUGUCAACAAGAAAGUCACAAUAGUGUUGCCAUACAUAUGUCCAUGUCUCGACAGUGGCCAUGUGUACACGCUAUUUACAAACAAGGGAUGGGUUAGAAAAUUGACAAUAGACGGAAAACUUGAAUUCACAAAAUUUCAAACAAUAAAGAAAAAUGAUUUUCUAGUAAGAAGAGGAAGUGGGGCGGACAAAUUUACAUGCACAAUUAGACGAAAAUAUUCUGCUUUCUAUAAUUCGUGGAGAGCUUCACCAGUUCGUUUAAAGUAAUAUAGUCGAAAACAUUGAUGCUUUAACGGUGGAAGAGAACAUAUUGUUAUGUAGAGGAGCCACAUAAAUUAAAUCUAACAAUGGAACGUCGUUAGAGGAACAAACACAUAUUGAAAGAUAUUUAAAUGAACACAGUACGGCAAUAAAAGGUCGUUCACCGAUUCGGGAAAUGAUGGUUAUUUGCUUAGAACUUCAAAGGAACUGGAAAUAAACGUUAAAACGGGAUUACUGCAACAAAUCAGUUUCAACUCGAUUGUGAAGAAAACUAUUAUCAUAUAUAGUUCAUUUUUUGUUUAGACUAAAAGUUGAUGUCCAAAAGGACUCAAAUCCCAAAUAUUGGAUAAGAGACGGACAACAAAAGUCCAACUCACCCUAGAAAACAACAUUUAUUGCAUAAUGCCAUCCAGUUGUGUUGCAUUCGUUUAUUUACCAACACAUCAUUGAGCGCAUCAUAGGUCGUUAUGUUUAUAAAGCAAGUCUGUUAUGCUUUAACUGUACAAUUCGUUACUUUUUCAUUACAAAAUCGAUUGUGUUCAUAUCAUGUUUUAUCCUAAGCACCUCAGGUAUGAUGGUAAUUUUAUUAAUUUAGUUCGCAAUUUACCGUAUGUCUGAGUAGAAUUUACGACAGGUGUUUGUGUAAGUAAAAACAACACUGUGUGAAUAGGCAAAACAGGUAAUUUAGAUAAAUAGGCAUUCGUUAAAUAAAUUUUCAAAUAUUACGGCUGGUUAUGAAAUAGAGCUGUUAUCUAAUGGAGAAUAUGAUAUUGUAUUGAUUUGUAAUCUAGGAUACCCCAAAAGGAUUGAAAUCGAAGGCGUCCAUAUUGGUAGGGUUGAUUUAUAUUCAUAUGGUAUAGUUAUUAUGGAAGGUUCUGGUUAAUAGUAACAAAUGCACUAGAAAACAAAUAUCGUUGUUUAUAAAACUUUGUUAUGAAAUACUGAAACACGUCUACGAAGUUAAAAUUUGGCAUUGUGUAUUAAGAAUUUUUUACAUACGUAGGAUUUUAUCACGUUGGCUAAAAAAAAUUGUCAAGAAUCUUCCCCUGUUUUUGUACGAUCAGUAUCUUAAAUAUUAUCUAGAUUUGUAUUAAUGUCCAACCUUAUAAUAAAGGCUUAUUUAAAUUGCAUUAAAAUAAUAUUAAACAUAGGACUCGGUAGAUAAAAUAGAACUCUUCUGAAGUAAAUAACUUGUCAUAUAUGUACGGUACUUGUAGAGAAGUUCCAUUUACUUGCUUUAUUUAUACUUCAUGCUACCUUUACAUGUAAUGAAAACUUUACGUUUGACAGGUAAAACUCCUUUGAGAUAAUCCUUUGUUAAAAAUGAACAAGACAUAAAUCAUCGGGUAUGGAACGCGUGAAUGUUUUGAUAGUAAAAUAAACCCUUGAAGAUUCAAGGGACUUGAGAUUUCCAUAAUUAAGGACAUCGUUUGUUAAGUUCAUCCUUCCAAGUGUUUGGAUGUUCUUAAAAUUAACAGUUCAAAAUUAAUAAUGUAUGUAGUUUAUUAGCGUGUUUUUAAAUUAUAUGUAGUUAAACAUUUGUGCAUGUUAAAACACAACAUAAUUACAUUAUGUGUUCAUACUUGUUGCUAAGAUGUGGUGGGUAUACAUUUCCUGAGCUUUUUACAAUUCGUAAUAGGGCUUAAGUUUUAUCUCUGUUUUUUACUCUGGCAUAGCAUAUUUUUGUAAAUGGGUAUGAAGUUAAAUUUUGGUAAGAGUACAUUUUGGUUGCAAUAUUGAUCCUAUAUAUUUACCUUUGAAAAGAAAU